AUGGUUGCUUUACCCACCUUGAAAUACCAGCGACCAACAUGGUAUAGAUUAGCCGGUUAUGAUUUACUACUUUGGGCAUUAUCAAUUGUCAUGGACUGUUUCUUUCGAGAGAUCAGACCGAGAGGUGCAUUCAAGAUCCCUCGAGAAGGUCCCGUUAUAUUUGUCGCUGCACCACAUCAUAAUCAAUUCGUUGACCCAAUCAUCCUCUCGGGACAAAUCAAGAAGGAAGCCAACCGAAGAAUAUCAUUUUUAAUCGCUGCCAAAUCAUAUCAUAUGAAUUUCGUGGGACACAUGGCUAAAUGUCAGUUGAGUAUCCCCGUGGUUAGACCUCAAGAUAAUUUAACAAAGGGAUCAGGUAAGAUAUUUGUUGAUAAGAAUGAUCCCUGCCAUAUUUUGGGAAAAGGUACAAAGUUUACUCAAGAAUGUAUGGUUAGAGGUUUACUUGCUUUGCCACAAUCGCUUGGGGCCAACGAAAUAUCAGAAAUAAAAUCGGAUAAUGAAUUGUAUAUCAGGAAGCCCUUCAAACAAACUAACCAAAUCAAUGAGUUGUUAUCUCAAGGUACUUCAUUUAAAAAAGCCGACAAGAUUGAUCAAAAACAAGUUUAUCAAAUGGUGUUUGACCAUUUACUAGAUAAUGGAAGCAUUGGUAUUUUCCCCGAAGGUGGAUCACACGACCGUACUGACUUGUUACCUUUGAAAGCCGGUGUGGCAGUGAUGGCUUUAGGAGCCAUGGAAAACAACCCUGAUUGUAACGUCAAAGUAGUCCCUUGUGGUAUGAAUUAUUUCCAUGCUCACAGGUUUAGAUCGAGAGCAGUUGUUGAAUUUGGCGAUCCAAUUACAAUCCCCAAAGAGUUGGUUAAAAAGUAUGCCAAUCCAGAAACUACUGCCGAAGCCGUCAAGGAUUUAUUGGCUUUGAUCACUUCAGGGUUGAAAGCGGUGACAGUCACUUGUCAAGAUUACGAGACUUUGAUGUUAAUUCAGGCUGGCAGGAGAUUAUAUGCCGGUAACUUUGCUCAACAGUUGCCAUUGCCAUUGAUUGUGGAAAUGAACAGACGCUUGGUUAUUGGAUAUGAACAUUAUAAAGAUGAACCAAAAGUUCAAGAGAUUAAAAAAAGAGUCCUUGAGUAUAACAACUUGUUGAAAACUUUGCAUUUACCCGAUCAUCACGUUGAAGAUUGUCAAGAUGAGGGAUACAAGGCUAAACUUUUGCCCAUUUUAGUGUUUAGGAUCUUCAAGUUGAUUAUUUUAUUUACAUUAGCAUUACCAGGAGCAACACUCUUCUCCCCUGUUUUUGUUUCAUCGAAAAUCAUAUCACGCAAAAAGGCAAAAGAAGCAUUGGCUAAUUCAGUAGUCAAGAUUCAAGCAAAUGAUGUUAUUGCAACUUGGAAAAUCUUGGUUGCUAUGGGCAUUGCACCGAUCGUAUACUCAUUCUAUGCAUCAGUUGGUACUUAUUAUUGUUCCACCCAUGGGCUCUUAUCAUCAUUUGGCUUGUUUUGGUUAUGGAUAUUUUUGUACCUUUGUGGUGUGUUUGUCACUUAUAGUGCAUUGUUAACUGGUGAGCAAGGAAUGGACUUGUUCAAAUCAGUUAGACCAUUAUACCUUUCCAUCACUUCAGGAUCUGCCAUCAAACGAUUGAAAAAGAUGCGACGUGAAUUGAGUGAAGAAAUUACAGAAGUUGUCAAUACUUAUGGACCAGAGUUAUUCCCCAAAGAUUUCAAUUUAUUAGAAUUGAAAUCCUCAUUGCGAAUUUCUGAUGAUGUCGAGUACGUUGAUUCGGAUGAAGAAGAAGAGAAAAAGACUCAAGAAAUGAGAAACAGGCGCAAUUUAAGACGCAAGGCUGAACGGAAAUUACACGUUAAUGAAGAUGUUUCCAAAUCGGAUGAUGCUACAACUGAAAUGAGCGAAAGUUUAUCACAUUCAUCAUCCAUGUCUGAUGGUAUUUCGUUACUCAAUACCGAAGCUAAUUCAUACACAAACUUGCCCAUUUUCAGUGAUUAUAGUUUACACAAGAACGUCACUAAUAAGAACCUUGAUUUGGAUCCACAAUCAAAUUUCAAUUCCAGUGCUACAUUGUACGAUGAUCACAAGCAACAUAUUGAUCAACAACAACUGCGUCAUGCAUAUGUCUCCUCGCCAUUACGUGGAAGACCUAGUUUAUCAAAGAAUCCAUCCGAAGAACAAUUCGAAUUGAAUUUUUCCAAAAAGUCGUCAUUGAAGGACAAGAUAUUUGAUAAAAUGAAGCAGAAAAGAACUCAAUCGUAA